AUGAACCAGGUUCAAAAAACAAACGACACGUCUACUAUCAGUAAAUCGAGCUGCGCAGUGAGAGGCUUCUUCAAUGACCCGUACAUCCCACUCUUCAUCAAACGCUACCGCAACCGCUGUCCUGCCAUCAACCAGAGAGAUCACUUUCAUUCGACCGGGGCGCCCCUAUACGGCCUGUCCAAAUACCCAUCCAUUGAGUCACAGAGGGAACGCUUCCUUUCAUUGGUUGGAAUUGAGUUAUUAACCAGAAAUUUGACCAAUUUGAAGGAGUAGACCUGCUGACUGUGUAUUUGAAACACAUUUCGGACGACUUGAAGCACCACAUUUGUUGUCUUGACCCUUUCGACGAAAUGGAGGAGUUCUUUCAGACCAUUUCUCAUUAUUUCAUUGCAUGUGCCUCCAGUGGCCUCCCACUCCACGCAUUCACACUUUUGUGUUCCAACUUACCACCCGAGUCUGAAAUUUCUACCGGAUUGGUCAUGGGAGUGGACUUGGUGCUCCGAAAUGAAAUCCCCGUUAAA